UGAAGCUCUUAUACCUCAACUGGGAGAGUGUGUGGGAUUCUGGACUUUUAACUGGCCUCAGAUCUGAACUGGGCUACAGGGGAGAAACACAUAAAAAGCUGGCAACAUGGCGGUGACAGGAUGCACGCAAUGCAUUAAAUAUAUGUUAUUCUUCUUUAAUUUCAUUUUCUGGCUGGCCGGAGGAGUGAUCUUAGGCGUGGCUCUGUGGCUUCGUCACGACAGUCAGACUGGCAACCUCCUCAUUCUUCAGUUUGAAGGCCAACAGGCACCGGGCACCUUCUAUAUCAGUGUCUACAUAUUGAUAGCUGUCGGAGCUGUGAUGAUGCUAGUGGGCUUCCUCGGCUGCUAUGGUGCUAUUCAGGAAUCGCAGUGCCUGUUAGGGACGUUCUUCUUUUUCUUGGUCAUCCUCUUUGCCUGUGAAGUGGCUGCAGCCAUCUGGGGUUUCAUGAACCGAGACACAAUCUCCAAAGAACUGAUCAACUUCUACGACUCGGCGUACAUCAAGGCUGUGGAUGUCUCGGGCUCUCCUAGUAAAGAUGCCGCCAUCAAGGUGCUGGAUGUUUUUCACACCACGCUCGACUGUUGUGGUAAAGGAGACGACACCGCGCUCUUCAAACAGGUCACCAGCACUUUGUGUCCCAGGAAGUCUCCAGAGGAUUUUCUCAAGUCACAGAGCUGUCACGACAAACUGAUCGAGCUGUUCUCAGAGAAGCUUUAUCUGAUUGGCCUUGCUGCGCUGGUGGUGGCAGUCAUUAUGAUCUUUGAGAUGAUCUUCACUAUGGUGCUCUGCUGUGGGAUCCAUAACGCCCCAGCGUAUUAAACACCACAAAGUGAAGAGAACCAUGACUAUUUCAUUGACAUUUUUAUUUUAUUUUUUAGCAGUAGCGCCUCCUCACCUUUAGAACACAGCAUGAUGGAUAUUUCUGCUUUUCUUUGAGUCUAUACUUAAAAAAAUCUUCAAUUUAUGAAGGGUGUUUGUUGUCUAUCACAGGAGAUAAUCAUAACUUCAUAUAUAUCUAUACAGUGUAUAUACAGUAUGCUGUGGAAUAGUUCUUUGAAUAAAUGCUGUUUUUUAAUGGAUGUAUAAAUUGUACAUAUGCACGUCUUAUGUUAAUACCAGGAAAAGACCAAUUUGCUGGUAAGUGACGUCUCCCUGCAGUGUUAAAACAUUUAAAGCUGCUGGGUUUCCUUUUUUUAAUCAUCAGUUCACAGUGUUUUCAGUCAACUAUGUGUAAUAAAUCAUCUUUGUGCUGUAUUAACAGUGCAGAUGUUUGUUUUUAUGACUUUUUUUUAUUUUUUUCCACUUGGAUGUUUAUUCAGCUUCUGUUAAGCCUAGCAUCGAGUGUUGCCAGAUUUGGUGGGUUCCCACCCAAUUUGGCUUUUCAAAGGGCGGGAGAGAAAUGCUUUUGAGUGGGUUGAUAAAAUUCCGACUACUUUUGACAAUUUUUGGCAGUUUUGGAUGGAACCGUUUGGAUUAGUUUAAUCAGUUAAACUUGUAUGUUUACAUCUUGAAUUUCAACCACAUUGCUUGCUUACUGCAGCAUCUUCUUCGCUCUAAAUAAAACAUAUUAUAUAAUCAAAUUAAGUAUUGAGACUACUGAACUGGCAUUUGAUUUUAGAACCACAAAAUGAAGGGAACUGCAUGUAAUUUCUGAUUUGUAGGCACACGGUCAAAUUCAACAAAAUAAUUCCAACAAUUACAAAACAUUAAAACGUGUUAAAUGCACUUUAAAAAAAAUUGUAUUCUGGUAGGUUUGAAAUCUUUUCCUCGGUACUUUGACAGUGAUUUCUAUUGA